AUGAGAGCCACAGCUCCCACUCUCCGCCGGCGGACCUUUGCCCGAGCGGAAGCCACCCGUGCCUGGGUCGAAGCAACAAAGAGACAAGCCCUCGACACCAGUGAUGACUCCUUGAGCGAUGAUGCCAACAGCCUCAACUCACUGAGUGACGACAACUCCCUCAGCGACGACAACAGUCUCGACUCACUCUCAGACUCCGAUGCUGGUCGUCAACAACCACCACCCCAAACCACCAACCCCCCUCAGCUCAACGGCGCCGCAAAGACUCAUCAAAGUCUGACAGCUGGUUCCCAUGCCCGAGUUACUCGUCGCUCUAUCGAAGCCAGACAGAAUCUCCUCGACCCUAACACCUCCGACGACAACAACUCCCUCAGCGACGGCAACUCUCUCUCCAACUCCCUUGACAGCUUGAGCGCUGACUCCUCAGCUGAUGAAGCCCGUCCUUUGCCUACGUCCACCACAAAACGGCCCAACCUCAGCUCCAAGACCCGUGCUCGUCUGGCGGCCAAGCACCGUCGUGCUCUUGACGCUCGUCAGGCACUGGACAGUGACUCGGCCGAUAGCAUCAGCGUUAAUGACUCACUCGACAGCGGCGGCGAGUCUUCAGCCGAUGAGGCCAGACCUUUGAAGCGUUCUACUCGCACACAGAAGACUCGUGCUCGUCGUGCUAUUGCCGCUCGUCAGGCGGUUGAUACUUCCGAUGAUAACAGCGUGGACAGCGGUCUAUCUGACAAUAGUCUCGAUAGUCUCAACAGUCCCAGCGACGGCAACUCCUCCGCCAACGAAGCUCGUCCCAGUCCUCGUCCAACUUUGGCUCCCACCAACCCUCCUACUCUUACGCAAAAGUUCCGCAACCGUUUGACUACCGGCCAGCAUGCCCAGCGUGCUACUCGUCGCUCUCUCGGUCUCGAGGCUAGACAGAACCUUCUCGAUCCCAAUACUUCUGACGAUAACUCUGUUGACUCGCUUUCUGAUAACUCUCUGUCGGAUGACAACUCCCUCGAUUCGCUGGAUUCCAACUCCAUUGACUCAGCCUCCGACUCCGACGCCGCCAGACCUCCGCAGCCUACCAACCCGCCUAACCUCACUUCCAAGGGUCCCAAGCGCCUCGGCGAUGGUGCCAGCUCUCGCCCCGCCCGCAUCAGCGCCCGCCGUAUCAGCAAGCGUGAAAUCCUCGGUAAACACAGUGGCCUAGUCGCAUCAGCAGAAGCAGCCGCCGGAGCAGAAGUUCCCACCAUCGCCCCUCCGGAUCUGGUCAAUGCCCCCGCUGCCGGCGAGACUACACUGCCAGUGCCCGAAGAGGAGGAAGAAGAAGAGGAUGAUGCAGAAUCUGUCUCCAGCGUAAGCAGUGACUCUGGUUCUGAAGAGGAGGAAGAAGAAGGGGAGGGCGAAGAAGAGGAGACCGGUACCGGAACUGCAGAGCCAACAGCCACUGCUACUGGUGGCGCGGCUGCUACUACUGUUGAUGGUGGUUCUUCCGCAACGAUCACCUCCGGACCUGCUGCCACUGGCACUUCAGGUUCAGAGCCGACGGAUGCGUUGGCGCCUGUUGAGUCCGCCUCUGAUGAUGCUACUGCGCUGCCGAACUUGACGCUUGCUCCUGGUUCUGAGGCAACGGCUAGCCCGAGUAAUGUAAUCGGUGCUAUCGAUGGUCAGCCGCAGGCUGAUACGCAGGGGCAGACUCAGCAGACAUUGGUGCCGGUGCCGGUGCCGAAGAAGAUGAGUGGGGGGGCUACUGCUGGAAUUGUUCUUGGUGUUUUGGGCUUCAUCGCCCUCCUAGCCGGCUUAGCCUUCCUCUUCAUGCGCUGGCGUCGUCGUCGCCAGACCUCCACCUACGGCACCCGUCUCGCCGACGAAAAGGGUGGCGACAUGCCAGGUGGUAACGUCCCGCCCAUCACUUUCACCCACCCCGCUUGGCCCAACAACAACAACCCCUCCGCCAAUGUCAACGCCGCUGCCGCAGCCGCUGCUAGAGAUUCCAAAACCAACAGCGAGAUGAUAAACGACAUGGUGCGCGCCGCUUACGCUUCCAACAACGGCGUUCCUGUCAAUAACAUGCAAGGUCAGCACGCAGACCAUUACAUCGACGAAAAAGCCUACGCCAUGCUCGCCGGCCACCCACCCACCCCUUCCGUGGCAGGUACCGAGAAGCGCGGUGUCUCCAAGUGGCUUGCAGACGUGAUGACUCCCACUGCUGCUGAUAGACAGUCUUCCGUCUCUCAGCGUUGGCCGUAUCCUGUUGACCCUCCUAUGCCUAUGCCGACGGCGCAGGGGCCAUUGCCGGUUGGUAUGCCUGGUUAUGGACCUGGUAACAAUGGGACGACGACUAAGCAGAAAAGGUUGACGCCGCCUAGAUUGCCGUUGAAACCGGUGGUGCCGGCUGGUUUGAGGCCUGGAGCUGCUGCUGUUGGUAAUGGACCUGUGGGCGGUACCGGGCUGCCGCCGGGGAGUGGAGUUAAUCCGAAUGCUAAUGCUAGGAUGACGGUGGCUACGCAGACUACUAAUACUACUAGCUCUAGUGCUAGGUGGGGUUAA